CUUUUGGCGUGUUCGACAUCAUCUAGCCGUCGACGGAGAAGAUGGGAUGAUUGUCAUGGGAGCUCGAGUCGUCAUUCCGAAGGCGCUGCAAGGCGAUUUACUGCGCGACCUACUAAAAAUGCACCAAGGCACCACCAAACUGCGGCAACGGGCACGACUUUCCGUCUUUUGGCCCAACAUGGACGCUGAAAUUGUAAAUCUCGCCGGCGCAUGCGAGGAAUGCACUUCUAGCCUUCCAUCACACCCGCCGGAACCUCUUCGACCUCACGAGCCAGCUUCGCGACCCUUUGAGCAGAUUCAUGCAGAUCUCUGCCAACUCAACGGUCGUCAUUUUCUCAUCCAAGUCGAUGCAUUCAGCGGCUGGCCUCAUGUCGUCUAUUUUCCGGACGCCCACAUUUCCGCCAAGAAAGUCAUCAAUGCUGUCCGGGAGCUAUUCAUCAACGUCGGUGUACCGGUCAAAUACUGGUCAGAUGGCGGCCCUCAAUUCCCUGCAGCGGAAUUUAAGCAAUUUUUAAAGGAAUGGGGAGUCUCACUCGGAGUGUCGUCUCCUCAUUUUCCCCAGUCUAACGGCGUCGCGGAAGCCGGAGUGAAAUCCAUGAAGAAGCUGAUCGCCGGAUCAUUCACCUCCGGAUCGUUCGACGUCAACAAAUUUGGACAGUCGCUACUUCUCUUCCGCAACACCGCCGUAUCUGGUGGUCGUUCACCAGCUCAAGUCGUCUUCAAUCGCCCCAUGCGCGACUGCCUCCCAGCCCACCGCCGUUCGUUCGCUGCCGAGUGGCAGAAAGACGCCGACGUCCUCGAAAAAAGGGCAAGACGCGCGAAGGAGCUGAGGACAGAACAUUUCAAUCGCCGAGCACAUCCCUUACCGCCCCUCCAGGUCGGCAACGCAGUCCUGAUCCAGCACCCAAUCUCAAAAUGCUGGUCUACUCCCGGCGUCAUCACCGAAGUCGGACCGAAUCGUGACUAUUUAGUCAAAACUCCCGCUGGACGUGUGUUCCGGCGAAACCGGCGCUUCCUACGUCGUCGAGUUCCAGUAAUGCCUGCAGCCGUCACGCCGCCAACAGUACCCGCGACACCCGCCCCAGCCAUCCCUGGGCAAGCUGUCGUCCCGUGCCCAGCACCCGACCCCGCUCCAGUCAACCAAGGCGAAGAAGACCCCCCUCCGCGACGUUCAGCGCGGGUCCCGAAGCCAUCAUCAUUGUAUCCCCCUCAUACGUGGUCGAAAUAA